AUGAGAUGGCGCUCACAAGACAAAGAAUAAGAUAUAGAAGAGAUAUAGAAGAGAAAUUUGAUAGAAACAGUAUGUGAAACAGAAGUUACUAUUUUUCACGUUUCGUGAUGAAAGCCGAUGAAAUAAUGCCACAUAAUGCGGAAGAGCGAAGCUCGCAAAGCUCGCAGAUUAUAUACAAGAAUAGUGAUAUAGGGCCAAUGAUACAAUCUCAGAAUGGUCCAAAAUUUCUUGUAAUCCUAACAUUUGCAUGCGAAGCUCUAAUAGCAUGUGUUAGACAAUUAAAUAUAAUGGAUGAGGAAUGUGGUGAUGGAAAUUACGGAACUACACUUGCUCAUACUGCUGGUGUCAUAAAAGUAGCAAUCAAGGAAGGCAGAAUCUCAGCAACAAGACCCUCUAUAGCAUUUACACAGAUAAGUCGAAUUAUUGAGAGAGAAAUGGGUGGCUUAGAAGAUGGAAUAUAUUCAUUAUUUUUUGAUACUAUUGCUAAGAGUUUUCUUAGAUUUCAAGAUGAUGAGCAAUUAACUGCAAAUAUGUGGUUAAAUGUCUUAACCUCUGCAAACAAGACAUUAUCUGAGGUCAGUGGAACAUUAAUCGGUGAACGAAGUAUGUUGAAUGCUUUGAUACCUGCGCAACAUAAAUUAAGAGAUGCGCUGAAUUUGGGAUUAAAUCCUGUUGAUGCAUUUGGAGAAGCUGUUAAAGCUGCUGAAACUUCUGCUAUGCAAACAGUGUAUAUGUCAAAAUCACAUAUAUUCAAGUAUCCAGAUCCUGGAGCACAUGCUGUAGGUAUAUGGAUGAGAGCUGCUUAUGAAGAAGAUAUACAGGAUGAAUGUGAAGGCUGUCAAAGUAUUGGAAAUAUCAAAUACUUGAGUAAUGAACAUGAAACAAGGACAUCUUUUCUAUCUGCUCAGCAAUCAUUGAUGCAAGAUAUUGGAAAUUUGUUAAAACAUGCUUGCAUUAGGAGUCUAAGCUGCGAAGUACAUCCUGGCAAAGAAGGUGUUUGCUACUUUGGAGAUGAAUAUAGGGGGCAUGUUUUAAGUCAUACCUUUACAUUAAAAGAUGCCCAGGCAAGAGGAUUUAGGAGGUGGUGCAGUUUUAUUGUUUUCAUGAGAGAUAAACAAUUCUUAUUGAACAUGUGGCCAUUUUUAAUCGACAAUUUAAAGGAAGUAAUUAAAGAGCUGCAAGAUUUUGCAGAAAAAAGAUAUAAUGUGGAAGAAGCAGAAUGCCCUCAGAGGGCAAUGAGACUAACAACAGCGAACAGUGGAGCAGGUUGCCAUAGUUCUAUAAAAUCCAAACAAUCCAGAACACUUACUGAUAUAACAAAUGAGAAGCAUGUUUUUAUAAGAAUUCACAUGUGGUUAGUAUGGAUCCUUAGUGCUGGUGCAAGGCACUUCAUAGAAAUUUUCCCAAUGAGUUUAUUAGAUAACGAACUUAAUUAUAAUUUCGAACAUCAAAUUGAUACUGAAGGAAAUUUUACUUUAGUAAACGCAAAAUUGCCAAUAAACUUAAAUUUUAACUCGGACGAUUCGGAAUUUUUGCCAGAAUUUGCUGAAAUCGCGGAAAAAUCUAUUGUUGUAAUUUUACGAGAUCUGAAACAAAUACUAGGGAAGGAUCAGUUUAGACAGUUGCUGUAUUCUUGCCUAACUGGUGUGCAAGUGCUGGUAAGAGGUCCGAAAAUUCAAAGAUUGGAAUCUUUAUACGGGCUUAGCAGUCUUAUACCAAGAGCAUGUCGAAGAGUAAAAACACAAACAUUGGAAUAUAUGGAUCCUGACAUGUGCAAUUUUAUCGGUGUAGAUACCUCAGUGGCAAUUCCUUUACCUUGCGCAAGUGUAUGCAGACUCGAUAUAAUACUCAAUGAACACAAAUUCGAAAACACAAAGUCCCAUAUAGUUAAAUGGACUGGUAUAUUACCAUCAAAAUUACCAACCUUGUUAAUAAAAAUUGAAAAAUCACUUGACAAUGAGAAACUCGGAAAUUCAGUUCUCAAAGCACAUUUUGCAACUCUUUUAGAAGAAUGGGCCAAUAUUGCAAAAGUUGUUCAUGCGAUGAGCGGACGAGGUCAUCGCGGUGAUCUUUCUGGACUCAUGCUCAGUUUGGGCGCUGGACCUCAAGAUAAAAAGUUACUGGAUGCAUGGUCUAUGGGAUUACCAUCUAAUCCAGCAUAAUCUCUCACAAAAAUUUAAUGUAUUCUAUUGCACGCAUGUAGUAUAUUAUAUAUCGUUGAAUAAUGUAAUAUUUAUUGUAAAUCAUAUAUUUCUCUAUUCAGAUUCCGAGAGGAAUGCUUAUGUGUGUUCAAGGUUGUGCGUCUUUUUUUUAUUUAUGAUUUA